UGAGCCAAUCAACGUUGACAAACGUCAUCCGUUUAUACGCAGGCGGUGAAUUACAAAUUAUUGCGGCGUAGUAGCAAUCAUUUGCGAAAACUUGAAUUUGUUGUAUUAUUUAUGCUGUUAUGGAGCCUGCUUCAGAUUGAUCAACGACGCAUUGUUCAGACGAAAAGGCAUAUUGGUCGGAGGUGGUGGAUACGGUCCGUGAACAGGCGCAGACGUGAUCAGGAUUUCAACUUUAACCUAUUUCGCGAGCUGAUUAUCAGCGAUGACGAAGAAUUUUUCGGGUAUACGCAGAUGUGGCCGGAGCAGUUUAAAUUCUUGUUCAAUUUAGUGCGUCCAUAUCUCGAAAAGCGCAGCAUCCGGACAUUUCUUUCACCCAGACUUUGUUUGAGCCUGACCUUGACGUAUCUUGCUCAAGGAGGGAACAUGCGGACAAAGCAUCUAGAAUUCAGGGUUGGGAAAUCUACGGUCUGCAAAAUAGUGCCAGAAGUUUGUCGUGCUAUAUGGCGUGCCCUGCAACCACUUGUACUUCCCACUCUAGAUGCUGAUGGCUGGAGAAAAAUAACAGCGAUCCAGCAACAGGUGUUCCUAUGACAUAAUACAUCAAUGAUCAUCAAUAAGAAACAGAGUCAAAGGAAGACAAAUGAGAGAAGACUAAAUGGAUAGAUCAUGUUAUUAACAAAAUAAAAUUUAUGCAGAUAAAAUACACGCGCGACGACAAUUGUAAUUUGAUUUUCCUGAGCGCAUUAUUAAUUUCAUCUUGAGAUUCGCUCUUUCGUUUGGAUGUUACUUGAUGUUAAAUGCGUUAUCAUGGGGGGAUUUGAUUUGUCCUCGUAUUAUACUACCACCGUGAACUCGAUGUUAGUCUAUAUAUAGUCACUCAUAGCCGUCAUUGCUAGAGGAAUUAGGUUACUUCCCAACGGAUAUACAAAGGGGUCUUGUAAAUGGUCGUAUCCUACAUGCAUCUAAAACAAUCACGUGCAAGUAUUUCCGCGUAACUGUCUUCUUUUUUCGCGAACGACUGCCAUUUUUAUAUUAAAAAUCUAUAAUUUCAAGUAAAUAUUAUUCCGUGAUUAAUAAUAGUUCAUAUUGUAACGUAUGCUUUAAAUAGAGUGCUAUAGAUAGAAUAACUCUGAUAAAAACCUUAUCAAUGAUUAUUGAUGUAUCAUUAUGUCAUAGGAACACCUGUUGCUGGAUCGCUGCUUUAUUAUUUAUAUUAUAUUAUGGUGGAAUCUUAUUAUUCGUUAUACAGAUUUAAUAGAUGCAAAAUAUAAUUAUUUACUUUAUUUGCCAGUGUUUGUACAGCCCGAUAUAAAUUGUAGCAUUCCGCGAUUUUACAUUACGUCUUCCGGAUCUGAUGUAGGCUCUUAUGAAUUAUUAAGAGAUAACAUUCACUCAUUAGGCUUCGACGUCACUGUUGAAGAUUCAUCUCGCGUUAUGUGGUCUCAUUUCGCUCUCAUUUUAUCUCUCUCUGAUUCGGUUCACCUUCGUUCACCAAUGUUGAGUAACGAUGUAUCGGCGGUUGGGUCGAUCGAACCGACGAUUUUUGCGAAACUGUGCAGCGGCAUUUUUCUCCCUUCGGCGUUUAUUAUUCGGUGCCGUGCGACCAGUCGCAAUGAGUACCCUCUUCCUGUGAUCUACCGAUCUCUCUUUCUCCCCGAAGCAUCUCUGUCCACUUGCCCGCGCGUCUCUUUUCCCCCUUUCGGUGCGCUUCUUUCGCUUCCCCGGGUCUCCCUCGGCGCGCGCACUAAUCAGCUUCCUGGAUGGGGCACAUUAUCUGCCUGAUUGCAGGCAGAUCCCAACAUCGCGGUGGGCGAUACCUAGCUCAAAUCUAUCAGAUCUCGACAGUCGAUCGCGCGCGCGAAAAGCUCAUCGGAAGCUCUUGCGGAUGUCACUCGCGCCCGCAACAGCGCGGUGCAAUGAUCCUGAAUGUAAUAGAUCGGGUGUGACCUCUUUCGGGGCCUUACCCCAUCGUGUCCUCGGGGCCAGCUUUCGUGCGCUUGUGCAGCCUGACCUGAUGGUUCUCGGUGGUUUGCGAGAGAAGAUCGUCGUGUAUCGCGAUGCGCUACCGAACGAUUCGCACGUGCUUUGAUAAUCGUCCGCGAAAAAAAAUAUCCGUUUACGGAGUUUGAUUCUCGAACAUAAAGAAGUGCACUAGAAGAUAAGCAAAAUAUUAGGAUACUCCGGAUAACUCGAGGAUUUUUAUAAAGCAUUUCUACGGCUGUGGAAGUUUCUUAGGUUGAAGCACCAUUGCGGACAUCUCAGUUAGUAUCUGAGCAAAUCGAAAUGAUUUACAUCGUGGAAAGGCGCAACACAGCCAUAAAAGCCGCGGGAUGAAGCAAGAUCCAGCUCGACAUUCCUCGUGCUACGGAAAAAGAGAUCUUGAAUCACGAAAUCUUGAAGCGACGUGCUUUUGAAGACUGAAGGAUGUCUUUGGGGCAACGUAUUUCCGGCGCAGUUGCUGUGCUCCGGGGAACCUCGAAAGAGGUCAAGGAGGGCGGCCACACAUCGUGUACAGAGGAGAUCGAGAAGAUGACGUCCGAGGAGGAAAUCGGGAUCGAAAAGCAGCACAAAGUAACGGCGCUCGACAGGCUACAAAUGGUAAUAGAAUGGAUGGGAAGUAACCUGCUCCUGACACUGACCAUUGCUGGAGUUUUGGUCGGUCUAGUUCUCGGGUUUCUGGGCCGAUUGGCUGAUCUUUCACCGGAGUCUAUAACCCUCGUCAGUUUUCCGGGAGAGAUCCUUAUGCGGAUGCUGAAGAUGUUUAUCCUACCACUCAUCAUAUCCUCGCUUAUCGCUGGAAUGGCACAACUAGAUGUUCAAAGAUCAGGAAGAAUAGGUGUCAGAGCGCUAACAUAUUAUUCGGUGACGACUAUUCUCGCUGCCAUAGUGGGUAUCGCUAUGGUGCUCAUGAUCCAUCCGGGUAAUCCACACAUCAAGAGCACGGUCGCGGCGGUGAUGAAAGCUGAGGAGACGAAAGUCUCCACUAUAGACGCGAUCCUCGAUAUAAUUCGAAAUAUGGUACCGGAGAACCUGGUGCAAGCGUGCUUCCAGCAGGUUCAAACUUCCUACGUGAGGAAGAAGGUGUUCGUGAUCGGCAGCUCGAAUCAAAGCGAGUACAUAUUGGAGCCGACCUUGGUUUAUAAAGACGGCACGAAUGUGAUGGGCAUGAUCGUGUUCUGCAUCAUCUUUGGUGUGCUGGCGGGCCAGAUAGGACCCCGCGGCAAGCUGAUGGUGGACUUUUUUGUAGUGCUGAAUGACAUUAUCAUGAAGCUCGUCACGAUUGUCGUAGUCUGGUAUUCUCCGUUCGGAAUUAUGUGUCUGAUAGCUGGAAAAAUCAUGUCGAUCGCCAAUCUGGCGGCAACUGCCCAAAUGUUGGGUCUAUACAUGGUGACAGUUGUGUUGGGGUUGAUGAUCCAUGCCAUUAUCACGUUACCAGUAAUCUAUUGGUUUAUGACUCGAAAAAAUCCAGCAGUGUUCUUCAGAGGCAUGAUGCAAGCUUGGGUCAUGGCGUUGGGUACGGCUUCAAGCGCAGCGACCUUGCCCUUAACUUUCCGUUGUCUCGAAGAAAACAACAAGAUCGAUCCACGUGUGACACGCUUUGUUGUAGCAGUGGGUGCCACUGUAAAUAUGGAUGGCACGGCUCUUUACGAAGCCGUAGCUGCGAUCUUCAUCGCACAACUGAAUGGAAUCUCACUCGGUUUCGUUGAAGUCAUUACCGUCAGUCUUACUGCUACUUUGGCGAGCAUUGGAGCUGCAAGUAUUCCUAGUGCUGCAUUAGUAACCAUGCUGUUAGUGCUAACUGCUCUGGGAUUGCCUACAAACGAUGUUUCACUUUUAUUCGCCAUCGAUUGGAUGCUAGAUCGGAUCAGGACCUCGAUCAAUGUUUUGGGCGACGGUUAUGGAGCUGGAAUAGUUUAUCAUUUAAGUAAGGCAGAACUGGAUAAAAUGGACGAGGAACGCAGAUUGGAAGGUUUAGAAACCGGAAACCCUUUUGAGAUGGCCACUGGAAGUCGCCAGAAAGAAGAGAUAAUCUUACAGGAGCAAACUUCCGAGACAAAAAUUUAAAUUUUUUUUUAGCAAAUAACGCUAUUAUUUCGUCAGGAAUGUUAUUUGUUAGUUUGCACAACUAUCAUUUAUUCCUAUGUAAGUAUAUGUGUGUAAUAUGAUUGAUUUUCACUGCCGAAACCAAGUUUUCCCCGUAAGUUAAGUGUUAAGUUUGACACAACGACAGAGUAUAUAUAAAACAUUAUUUAAAUCUUUAUAUUAUUAUUUUAUUACUAUUUUAAAUAUAUGACUAUUAAUUCUUUUGAUACGGAAGGUGUGUAUAUAUGUAUAUAUGUGUGUGUGUGUAUAUAUAUAUAUAUAUAUAUAUACACAUAUAUAUACUAUUUUUUUUAAAUUUAUUUUGUUCGCCGUUUUAUUUAUAGUUUCGACUCGUCAAUCGAUAGCGACUAUUUCGCAACUACCGUAUCGAAAGGGUUAAUUUUAUUUUUGUAAUUAAUCGAUAACACAUCAUAAAGCAAUUAUCCAAGAAUAAUGAUUCUGGGCUUACUAGAAAUGUCAGCUCUCAUCUUUCGAACGAGACUUGUUUGCUGUAACUUUUUUUAUGCAAAGAUUAAUGAUUUGUUAUUGAUAAUGAUCAUAUCUUGAUCUAGGCUGGAAUUAAUCGACAAAACAUGUAAUCCUUGCUCGAUUUACUACCACUGAUCAACUGAUCAGCUGACGCAGUAAUUAUGUAAUAGCUUAUGCGCAUAAUAUGUGCGUACGUACACAUGUGUAUAUCAUUCAUAAAUGAUACGCAGAUUUUCAAAUGUAAUAACUUACAAUUAGCGAAAAUUAACGAAGUGACAUGCGAUAAAAAUGGAGUUUCUAUGCUUCCAUAUAUUUAAGACUCUAGUAUAUAUACUUUUAUUAUGAUACAAGUGCAACAGUGUAAAAUAGUGAAUUAGAGUAUGUAGAAAGCCUUAUCCGACAGUUAUAAAAUACUUAUUCAUUCGUUUAUAAAUAAGCGACUUUGUUUGUAGCGCGCGUUAGCAGUAGUGAAUGAAUUGAAGUAUUAAAUACUGAAGUAGAAACGUGAGCAUGUUAAGUACAAAAUAAUGAAAAUUGUAUAUCAAUUUCUUAUUUUUUCCUAGUAUGCGAGAAUUCUACUUUGAAUUAUCAAAGAAUUUUAAUGUACAGUAAAAUAAAAAUAUAAGAUGCACAUAGUAUACCGUUGCACGAUAUAUUUA